AUGUCUGAUAAUCGCAGUUCGCCAGUACGGGAUGCUGGGUCAUCACCAAUGGCGGCACCACCUUCGUCUUUCGGUGGAUCGUCCCCGCCGCUGUUUUACAAUCCAUCUUCGUCAUCCCAACCUGACACAUACGAAAGCCAGCAGAGACAGCAAACAGUGGGAUCUUCGCCAUUUCGCAACACUGGUGCUAAUUCAGGUCGUUUGGGAGUAUCUUCUGAUACUUUUGGAUCGCAGAGAGGGUCUCAAAGACGUGGAGGACCUAGCUCAGGCCGUUUUGCAGAUCCUUCGAGCGAUAUUGAUGGGCUUUCUUCUUCGCUUUCAGGUCGUAACACCCAGCGUUCCUCUCAGCGGAGAAGUGAUUUACAUGCAUCGGACCUUUCCUCACCACGAAGAAUUGUAGAUUUGGAUUCACAUCUUGGACCAAACUCGUUAUCUUCAGAUCCGGCUUCCGAAGCUUCAGAGCCGCUGCGAAUCAUUUGGGGCACUAACGUGAGUAUACAGGAAUGCGCUACGAAUUUUCGUAACUUUCUGAUGUCUUUCAAAUAUAAAUUCCGUAAAACGCUGGACGAAAAUGAGGAUUUUAUCGACGACGCAGAGGAUGAGGAACUGUACUAUGUCAAGCGUCUGAACCAAAUGCGAGAAAUGGGGUCAUUGAAUUUGAACCUGGACGCAAGAAACUUGCUAAGUUUCAAACCCACGGAAAAGCUAUAUUAUCAAUUGUUGAGCUAUCCCCAAGAAAUCGUAUCCAUUAUGGAUCAAACAAUUAAGGAUUGCAUGGUAUCUAUAGUGGUCGACAAUAACUUGGACUCGAGUCUGGAUGAAGUGGAAUCGAAGUUCUAUAAAGUUAGACCUUUCAACAUUGAUAGCAGAAAGGGCAUGCGGGAACUAAACCCCAACGACAUCGAUAAGCUGAUAAGCGUGAAGGGCUUGGUCCUCAGAUCUACACCCAUCAUUCCGGACAUGAAAGUGGCAUUCUUCAAGUGUAACAUAUGUGAUCAUACAGUCGUCGUUGAGAUCGAUCGAGGGGUGAUUCAAGAGCCCGCCAGGUGUCCCCGUGUGGCGUGUAACCAACCGAACUCUAUGUCGCUCGUUCACAACCGGUGCUCUUUUGCUGACAAGCAGGUGAUCAAAUUACAAGAAACGCCUGACACGGUACCUGACGGUCAAACUCCUCAUUCGGUCUCUUUAUGUGUGUAUGACGAAUUGGUUGACUCCUGCCGCGCGGGUGACAGAGUGGAGGUUACAGGCAUUUUCCGUUCCAUCCCAAUUAGAGCAAAUUCAAGACAGCGGGCUUUGAAAUCUUUGUACAAAACAUAUCUUGACGUUUUACAUGUUAAGAAGGUCACUCGAGACAGAAUGGGCGCCGACACAUCUACGGUGGAACAAGAACUUUUACAAAAUGAGCUCAACAAUUCCGAUAUGAGAGAAGUACCACAAGUAACAGAUGAUCAGAUCCGCCGAAUUCAUGCAGUAGCCACAAGGGACGACCUAUAUGAGGUCCUGGCUCGUUCCAUUGCACCAAGCAUAUACGAAUUGGAUGAUGUUAAAAAAGGAAUCUUGCUGCAAUUAUUCGGAGGUACUAACAAGACCUUUACUAAAGGUGGUAGAUACAGAGGUGAUAUCAACGUUUUACUAUGUGGUGACCCUUCGACUGCAAAAUCCCAACUUUUGCAAUAUGUUCACAAAAUUGCUCCUCGUGGUAUUUACACAUCAGGAAAGGGAUCUUCCGCGGUCGGCCUGACUGCAUACAUAACCAGGGAUGUCGACACAAAGCAGCUGGUGUUAGAAAGUGGUGCUUUGGUCUUGUCGGACGGCGGUAUUUGUUGUAUUGAUGAAUUCGAUAAGAUGAGUGACUCAACCAGGUCGGUUUUGCACGAAGUGAUGGAGCAACAGACGAUUUCGAUAGCAAAAGCUGGUAUUAUAACAACGCUGAACGCACGUACCUCGAUUUUGGCCAGUGCUAAUCCAAUCUCUUCCCGCUACAAUCCCAAUCUACCGGUUACGGAGAACAUCGACUUACCACCACCUCUACUUUCAAGAUUCGAUCUCGUUUAUCUGGUUUUGGACAAAGUUGACGAAGCAACUGACCGAGAACUAGCAACGCAUUUGACAAACCUGUACCUAGAAGACGCACCAAGUCAUGAAAAUAAAGACGAUGUGUUUCCCGUUGAGUUUUUGACCAUGUACCUCAACUAUGCCAAACAGAAAUAUGCCCCAGUAAUUACUGAGGAGGCCAAAACGGAGCUAGUACGAGCAUAUGUUACCAUGCGGAAGAUGGGUGAUGAUUCGAGAUCUGACGAAAAGCGGAUCACUGCAACGACAAGACAGCUCGAGAGUAUGAUCAGAUUAUCAGAGGCCCAUGCAAAGAUGCGGCUAUCGCAGUUUGUAGAGCUUCAGGACGUUCAAGAGUCGGUAAGGUUAAUCAAAUCUGCUAUAAAGGACUAUGCCACCGAUCCCAAGACGGGAAAAAUCGAUAUGAAUCUCGUACAGACCGGAAAAUCCGUUGUACAGCGUAAGAUGCAAGAAGACUUGGCGCGCGAAAUGAUAGCCAUUUUAACAGACCGUCCUAACAAUACCAUAUCCUACAACGAGUUGGUACGUAGUGUGAACGAACAGUCCCAGGAUAAAGUGGAAGCUGUGGAUAUUUCGGAUGCGUUGGUGCGACUACAGCAAGAGGAUAAGGUUGUGGUCUUGGGCGAAGGUGUAAGACGGUCGAUUCGUCUCAAUGGGAGAAUUUGA